AUGAAGGCAUCUCAUUGUUCCACGCGUGGCACAGCGGCACUCCGUGUCGAUGCGUCCAAGGGGUUUGGUAGCAGCAGCAACAGCAGCAGCGGUGAAUCAAAGAAGCAAAAGAAAGCGUUUCGCAGCAGCGGUGGUACUGGAGCAGGUGGCGCUCAGGCCAUAGAUGGCGCCGUGGCGCCCGGCAAGGCUGUGAAGCAAGUGCUGCGCGCGACGCAGGGGGCGCGGCCGGUCGACCCGCGCGAGGCGGCCCGCGGGCGGCUGGACGUGGCGACAGUCAAGGACUGGGGCUCAGGGGCGCCUGCAGAGCUGGGGGACCUGGCCGUGACGGCGCUGCGCACGCGCUUUGACGCGGCGGCGGACCGGCCGCUGUCGGUGCAGCUGGCGCUUCUGCUGGAGCAGCUCGAGGUGCUGUGA